AUGGCUGUGCCGGGUUUUGUGUUGCAGGUUUUGGGCCUCUGGCUCGUAGUUCAAUGCUUAUCCUUCAUCAUAGCUGGAGCCUCAGUAACUGCUCUGCUAGUCUUACAUAACCUGAAAGAUACAAGAUUCCCGGUCUUUGUGGUUCUAGUCGUCGUGACUAACGUGUCCGGUGCCCUCGCAGCGCUCUCAUCUCUGGCCGGCACCAUACUGAUCGAGCGAGAAUGGGUGGUGGUGAUUUGCCGCGGGCAUCCGGAGGCGGCGCUGACCAAGAUCAACUCGGUGAUCCGGAGGAUCGACCUGAGUUGCAAGCUGCUGGCGCCGGUGCUGUCCGGGCUCGUGAUCAGCUUCGUUUCGACGCAGGCAUCCGCGGUGGCCCUGGCGCUCUGGAACAUCGCCUCCGUGGGGCUUGAGUACUGGCUUUUUGUCUCUGUAUACAAUGGGGUGCCCGCUCUCGGUGAAAACGCCCAGCAGAGAAGAGAGGCGGCAGCGGCUGCGGUGUUACCGUCUUCUGAACUCGUUGCUCCUAAGGACGAGGAGGCGCAGAAGCACGGUCAGGAGGACGGGUCGGGUUGGAGGGUGCAUGUGAAGAAGCAGCUCUUGAAUCUGCUAUGCUUGGGGUCCUGGGCUGUAUACAUGAGGCAGGAGGUGAUGUUGCCAGGGGUUGCUCUAGCUAUCCUCUACUUCACUGUCCUAAGCUUUGGCACGCUGAUGACGGCAGCUCUGGACUGGAAAGGCAUCCCCGCAUACGUGAUCAGUCUGGCUCGAGGAUUCAGCGCCAUCGUCGGGAUCGCUGCAACCUGGCUGUACCCGGUCGUGCACUCGUGGGUGUCCACGCUCCGAACAGGGCUCUGGUCCAUCUGGAUGCAGUGGUGCUUCCUCCUGAUGUGCGUAGGAUCCAUCUGGGUGAGCGGCCGUGUGGCAUCGGCGUGGGUGCUCAUGGCCGGCGUUGCGGCGUCACGCCUUGGCCUCUGGAUGUUCGACCUAGCGGUCACGCAGCUGAUGCAGGACAAUGUCCCGGACCCGGAUCGGUGUGUCGUGGGAGGGGUGCAGAACUCGCUGCAGUCAAUCUUCGACCUGCUCACCUACAUCAUGGGCAUCAUCAUCUCCGACCCCAGGGAUUUCAGUGAGCUCAUCGUGAUGUCCUUCUUCCUGGUGACCUGCGCGGCGCUCGUGUACACGCUGCAUGUGUACCGCGUACGGAAGCACCUCUUCCAUCUGGACAAGAUCAUCGCCAACAUCGGGUGGUGAUUGAGCUGACUCUAUGUUAGUAUAACUGUUAACAUGAAACUUGAUGAUCUC